GCAUGUGACCUUUGACCUCCAGCUGGAGAUGGAAACAGACAGCUGACAGAGAAGCUGAGCCAAACUGCCUCUGAGGGUCUCAGUGUGUGAGGCGACCCACCGACAACAUGGAGGACGUGGAGAACCUGUUCAACCCCAGUUUAGCAGCAGCUCUGAAGAAGCUGGACCCAGAGGAUGGGGAGAAGAUUAUGGAGUAUUUUAAAACCCAKGCACUGAUGUCCAGAGAAAAAGCUUUGCUGCAGGCCUCGGUCAGAGAGCAGAAGAAGCUGCUGGUGGAAAACGCUAAACUGAAGAAAGACAUCGAACAGCUGAGAUCUCAGCUGCAGGACAAACAGAAGAGACGCCCAGCUAAAGCAUUGAGCUCUCAGGCUCCACCUCCUCAGAGUCUUAGUCCCMCCCCUAACAGACCUACCAGUCAACCAGCCUCUCCUGCUGGAGCAACAGCUGCUGUUCCUGUGAAUCCUCACCCUCCCUCUGCUCCGUCACAUGGGGGGAGGGAGAGGCAGAGCAGGAGGAGGAGGGGGGASAGGAAAGCUCAACCCAUCUCAGACCCGUUAUUUGUGGGGGCGGAGUCUCGAAUAGAUGUGUCCCGUCUGGACCUUCGGGUUGGAAGAAUCCUCAGCGUCCGCCGCCAUCCCUUGUCAGAAACCAUGAGCGUCCAGGAAGUGGACGUGGGAGAAAAAUCCUCCUGGACGGUCGUCAGCAGACUGGGAGGGAAAACAGACCCAGAGGAGCUGCAGGGCUCUUUAGCCGUGUUGCUGUGCAACGUCAAGCCAUCAAAAAUGAGGGGUGUGGUCUCACAGGCACGCCUCCUCUGUUGCUCUGCCUCCGACGACCARAUAGAGGUGUUGGUUCCGCCUGCAUGUUCCGCCCCUGGAGACAGAAUCACCUUCCUGAAUUAUCCUGGUGAACCGGACCGGGAGCUGCCGUCCAAACUGAAGCUGUGGGAGCUCCUGCAGCCCGACCUGCAGGUGGACUCCAAAGGUGUGGCCAACUACAAAGGCUGCGGGUURGAGGUGAAGGGGAAGGGGCUGUGCAGGGCCCCCUCCCUCAUUAACUGCAUCAUCAGAUAGGAUGCUUUUAUUGUGAAAAACCUGACCAGCAACAAUAAAAUCACUGACUUGAGAUGAAUAAAAGUUUUAAAAUUU